CAUCCAGCCAGAGUCUCUCCCUCGCAGGCCCUCGCCGAUCUCCAGCCCGCCGAACCCCUUCCCCAGCGCCAAUGAUGGCUUCCACUCCUCCUCUCUCCAACUCCUGGGCCUCCAAGGGCGCCACCUUCAGCCAGGGCCGCUUCGUCACCUCCCAUGCCGACGAGUCCAAGCAGGAGGAGUCUGCUCACUUCCCCAACGCCAAGGUCCAGGUUGUUCUCCGCAACCCCCAGCACGGCUACCGCGCUCUCCUGAGCUACGAGGCUGGCUCCAAGCAGCCCGCCGGCACCCGCAGCGUUAACAGCGAGUACACCGUCAUCGAGGGCCAGGUCCGCAUCGUCAACCCCCGCACCAGCGAGGAGUCGCUCCUCGUCGCCGGCUCGUUCAUUGUCGUCCCUGCUGGCUGCCCCCACACCAUCUUUGUCGACGAAGACUCCAAGCUUCUCUAUGUCAGCACCCACCCCGUCGAGCUCGUUUCCCUCGCCAACAAAGACCACGAGGACGAAUAAGCGCCAUUGCCCUGAGCUUGUAGCUGGCGCUCGGCCCUUCCAAACAGCGAAGCGGCUCUGUGCCGAGAUAUAUCCGCCUGGUUUUCUAUCUUUUAUUUUUUGAACAUGCCGAACUUCCCUUGAAUUGGUUUUGACGAGAAUGCGAAAGCCUGAGUUUUGAUUUGUACAUGUUUUCCUUGGCCAAAUACAUAUUUCGGACGGUCAUCCGUA